GAAUUAUGAAAUGUUCCUCGAAAUGCAAGAUCAAAGUCGAUGUCAAUUUCUUGAUAAAGUAGAACCAAAUUCAAUGACAUUCAAACAAUGUCCAAACAGGAGAUAAGUCAGUAUCUAUCCCGUCGAGGACUGUAACUGGGCGCUUCAAGAUACAUACGUGCACGAAAAAAUAACAGUGUGAAAGUUGCUCAUCCCUGUCAAAAUGCCUCGUAAAUUAUUAGUUUUCACUGUGAUACUGUUCAAUUUUAUUCUAUAUAUUGAAGGCAAAGCGAUUGUAAAUCCAAAUUUUCAAUCUAACGUCAUAAAUAGUGCUUCAAGAGCUCAAGAUCAAUAUGUAAAUAAGAACUUCGACUUCAAGGCAAUCGAAACUGACCGCUUAAGCGGGAAAAUAAACCACAAUGCUUGUACUGGAGAUUGUAACGAAAAAGAUCAAAAGAAAUUUUUAAGCGAAAGCAAGCACGUAUGUCCUUAUGAAAGUAAGGAAUUGUGCUUGAUAUUCUCAUUGUCGAAAAUCGCUAAAGUUCAAGUGGCCACUUUAAAUCAACCUUCGACAUAUCACAAUUUAAAGUCAAAUAUUUUUGACAGUACGUCGAAAGAUACCAGAAAUUCGAAAAUUAACGGGGGAAGAAUGGAGGAUGAACAGCUACAUUCCGAAUUUAUAAAUCGAAAUAAAGACAAAUAUUCCCAGAAUUUGUCAGAAAGACAGACGAAGUUAUCAAGUAUUCACUGUCGAGCAAUUCGUGAUGUUUACAUACCAGAAGUGAAACAAAACCUACCAGCUUUUGCUUGUAAAUUUGGAAACAAUACAUUCAUAUUAUCGAGUGAAAGAUUUCUUCAAGAUCAACGAUCACAUUUGAAUAUAGGAAUCGAUGAGAAUAUAUUUAAAAACAUAAAAACUACUCCGAAAAUUUCCGAAAUCAACGGAGUUAACGUGAUCCCUGCAUUGCUUGUUUUAAAUCUCGCUAAUAACAACUAUAGAAUAGAAAUGCAUAAAAACAUUUACAAGAAUGAAAAAGUCAAUCAGUCAGAAGGAAGUCGCUAACGAAUUAUCGAAGAAAUAAUCACGUUUUGUCAAAGGUUCGAAUGUCCGGUGAUAAUUUUGAAUUUAUUAUCUUUCGUUAAGUAAACAAUACAUGUAAAUACGAUAACUAUAUCGGUAGUUGUAUCUCUGAAAUAGUUAGAAGGAAAUAAAAUUGUACAAUAUAAUUAACAAAUUUUUUCGCUAUUUUUCUUCCAAUUCCGAUGUGUUGUUAUAAAGUAUUCGGUAUAAACGUAAUUCGAUACAGUUCAGUUUAUUUUAUAGUCUAUCUUGGAAGCACGCUUGAUCUAUGCAAAUUGUUCAUUUCAUGCGAUUUUUUUAUGCAGAAUAAAGUCACGUAUUUUGCUGGUAUGAAAAAAAAUAUUAUAAAGAAAAACUGGUAUAAAUUAUAAAAAUAUUUAUUUCACAUAUUUUCACAAGAAAAAAGAUAAUAAAAAUUCAGAAGAAUUAAAAUAAAUUUUAUUCGCUAUCAGUGUCUAAUCAAGAAAUAUUGAAAUAAUUAAGUAAGAAUUUGCAUCUCGGUGAUAUAUAAUAAAUUCAAGGAAGAUUAUAGAAAAAUAUAUUUUCUGAAUGCGUAUAAAAAGCCGCGCAAACAGUGAAAUUAUUUAUUGUGAAUAAAAAAAAAGUCGCAUAUAAAAAAUAUCGCGUAAAUCGAGAGAUAAAUGUAUUUUAUUCGAGCAUAUUUGCAUCUCGUAUUAUUAUCAUAGAUCAAUGAUACACAAUAAUGUAAUUCGAUUUAUAACACUUGACAAUAAACAUCUGAAUGUUAAAAUCCAUCGGA